AGGCGGGCAGAAGCCAACUGCAGGGCAGUUCUGUCUUCAGUGGAACUUGUGACAGAUGGAUGCUCACUAUUUGGAAAUAAGAACUUAAGUGACGAAUUGAGAAGGUAAGCCUCUGGUCCAGGUACAUGUUCCCAGAGAAAUUUAGCACUCAGAGACUAACAUUACUGGGAGAGCUACCACAAGUGUGUCCUUCACUGAGAAAAACCAAGACUGCUGCCCCACUCAGGAUUGAACAAGAAGCCAUGAAAUCCCUGAUUACGGAAAACUUAGAAGACAGCCUACUGGAUAAGGUGGACUUAAGACGCCAGCGGAUUUCCCAGACUGUGGAGGAGGUGCAGAAAGUUGUCUGCCGUCUGACCACAGAAAUCAGCCACCAAGAUAUCCGAUUUCAAGCCAUCCCUUACUCUUUCACAUACAAUGGAAACAUUAAGGUUUUGGCCCCUAGCCAGUUCCUUGUCACAGUCCCGCUGAGAGGCCUGGCAGGGUACAGAGAGGCCAGGGAACAGCACUGGAGGUACUACACCCUGGGGGGCGCCAGGCUGCUGUGCCCCCUGAGGGAGCCCGAGGGCCUGCAGCAGUGGCUGUGCAUGCAGCAGUUUCUGAAAAGCCUGUGGCAGUGGCACGAGGCAGACGUGAACAUCGAAGGGGACAUCGUGCCCGCCAAGGUCCUCCAUGUGUUCCAGAAACUGGUAGAAAACGCGAUCGAAACCUGUCACCUGUCAGGAAAGGUCAGCAUGCUAACAAACAGCAUUGCAGUUCGGGUUGCCGUGGAAACAUCCCAAAGUCAGGUGGAACUAGAGCUGGCCCCUGCAGUGGAGAUCCCCAACGUCUGGUCCCAGAAAGCUCAGUGGCCUCGGUGUCUGACGCGCUGGCCUUUGCCAGAGAGAGUGGGGUGCAUCAAGUCAUUUGGAUUUACCUUGUUGGCCCGGUCAAGUUACCACUGGCAGCUGAGCUUCAGGCAGGCCGAGCAGAUGCUGCUGGAGCAGCUGGACGAAGACGGGGGCUGCCGAAGGAAGUGUUUCCAGGUCAUGAGGCAGAUGAAGGAGGAAGUCUGGUGUCCAGGGAUGAGGCCUGUUAUCACGUCCCACCAUCUGCAGACGGUGCUCUUUUGGACUUGUGAGAAGCACCCUCACCUCAAGGACUGGCAGGUCUUCAGCAAAGGGUUCCUGCGCCUGGUGAGGAAGCUGCACAAGUGUGUGAGCCAGCGCUUGCUGAAACACUUCUUCGUGCCGAAGAGCAACCUGCUCCGGUUUGCCGACUCAGGUGAACUGGACGCUGUGGCCCAGAAACUGGCCCUCUUCCUGAAGGACCCCCAGAGGGACCUUCCCUGAGGCUGUGCCAGCCUGGGGACUCGUGGACAUUUCAUUCUGGCUUCACCUCUGUGGAUCGUUCCAGUCAGAUGCUCAGGAGAGAAGCUACGUACGGCAGAGGAAUGUACCUCGGCCCAGUAGCACUCAAGAGGGAAAGACUGUGCCCUCCGAUGUCUGGCCUAGGCCGCUGUGGAGCCACGCAAGCAUUUCAGCCCUCGCUAGCUACCUCUCUUGGGGACAGUUCUCAUCAAGCCUCCCCAAACCACAGAUCCUACACCGAUGACAGUUGUGAAUUUAUGUUCCCUUACUCAGGUGCUGAUGAUAGUCAGAUGAGGAUGGAGAUAGGAGCUCUGGAAGGCCAGGCGUCAGCCUGCUGCCCAGCAGUGGCUCUCCAGCCCGCUGCCCAUGGGCUUGUUAGUUUUCCGUUUGUAAAAUGGGCUGUUACCAUGCCUCCGAGGGCAGGGCUGUGAACCUGUAGGACUGUGCUGGGGGGGGGCCCUUUCCAGGAGAAGGCAUUGGGUUUGCAAUGUUCCUCACUGGGUUAGUGGCCAGCGCUUGCAUCCUGGAUCAGUACUUCCCGACGAUUAAACGAUUCCGUCCGAUGGCUUAGCCCGCCUGUGUAGCCCUCAGUGCUCUCCAGCUCUCCUAAGCGGUGGCUCCAGGCUGUGGUUGUGGUGGCAUCCCUGGUGUUCUCUAAGUAGAGGAAGUGGUUUUGAUGGCUAGUGUCAGUCUAAGAUGAAAGUGCAGCUCUGUCUGCCACCUUCGUCUCAGCCGCUUCCCAUGAGGUGGAGCAGGGCUGGGACUGCCUUAUAUCUAUGAGUGAACUCAGUACUGUGACCUGCACAGAAUGACUUGGGUGUCAUUCCCGUCUCAACACCUCGCUUUGCUCACUUCAUUCCUUCACUCAUUCAUUGAUAAAUAUAUGCUCCUUAGGCACUGGGAAUGCAACAAAGAGCAAGAGGGACAAGGCUUACCUGAUGCAUGAUGCCUAAUGGUGGAGACAGGAAAUGAACAACAGAUAAAUAAACGCAAUUAUUACCAAUUGUAGCAAGUGCCCUGAAGGAAAUAAACAGAAUAUUGAAAUAGAGCCACAGAGAGAUCCUUGAAGGAGGAACAUGCCAACAGCUGAAGGGGAAGGACAGGGAGCCAGUCAGUGCAGACUUGGAGGGGACACCCCCCCCCCAUCAGUCAGAUCACGUGGCCAUGGAAAGCUGGUAAGGAAUUUGUAUUUUAUUCUAAAAUCAAAGGUGUGGCUUUUAGCCUCUCCCGGUGUCAGGAUCUGAUUUGCAUUUUAACUGCCCAUUCUGGUGUCUGCAUAAAGAGGGCCUGGGGCUCAUGAGGGGUAGGGGACAGGAAAGGUGCUCUUGAGCCCCAUAUUUUGAAUUUUUCUCAGGCCCCAAGGCCACCUAUCCUGUACAGCAGGUUUACCAGGAAUUCUGGGCGUUCUGGUGAGAUCAGUGGUUUCUUCUGGCAUUUAUUUAAUGUUUCUCAAUUCAAGAGAAUCCUUUAUUACCUGGAAAUUUUCCCCCCAAAUAUAUAACAGUGAAAUUUCUAAAAGCAUGAACUAUUGAUUUUUUUUUUAAAAGAGAAGUCACUUUGAAAAUGAAAACAAUUAUUUUUACAAAAAUACUGUAACCAAAUAGUGGGGUUCCUGGGCUAUCACAUAGGAAAUCAUGAUUUUAAAAUGUUGAAAAAAAAAUCUUUCCAAGUAUACAGUGAGUUUACAAUUUUUGAAAACAUGAACUGAUGAGCAAAUCAGUGUUUUGUUAAAUCAUCUAAACUUGAGUUCAAAUGCUCAUAUUCUUGGAUCUUGGGAAACAUUUUUGAGAAGGUGUCAGACAUAUCAAGUUUAUUUUAUUUUAAUGAUGAAAACAGCGGAGCAAGUUUUAAGACAUCUCUGCAGCCACAGAAUGCUAAAAAGUGUAAGCUGACUGUACCAUUGAUUUGAAAUGUGUGCAUGUGUAUGGAGAGGGGUGGGACUGACGUACUCCUCGCUGAUGCCAGUAGAUUCUUCCCACCUUUCCCCAUAGGUCUACGUUUUCUGGAGGAAGUAGGGCUAGCUGCAGAUCCCGGAGUGUUCCUAUUUCUGGCCAGCAGAGGGCAGUGGGGGUCUACUCCUGAAAACAGCCAUGGUCCCACCCAGUUCCUUCUUAGCCCAGCAGGUGUCGCCCUCCUCAGCCUAGAAUUUACACCUGGUUUCUCUGAAAAAGGAAGCUAGCAGGGACAGUGGAUUCCAGCUGAUGCUAAAUCAUUUACCUUUCCUGCCAUUUUGGCCAAAAUUCACAGUCUUUCUGCUUGAAGCUCCGAUUUACAAAGGGAACCUAGUAGAGGAUAGUCUGUCUUAGGGACUGUGGAGUAUUUAGCUCCUUCCACUUCCUGGGACAGAUUGCACGGCUCUGAAAAGUCUGAUAAUAUUGCUGCUCCCUUAUUCUGGUCAGCCCUUUUUCUUUCUUUCUUUCUUUUUUUUAAAUUCUCCAAAAGACCUCUCCUAUUCAUCUCCAGUCUUCUAGGCGCAGGAUUGUUUUAUAGUGGAAUGGUUGGCAUUCAGCCACUGUAAUUGAUCUGCUGGAAUUUUCAUGCCAGCUCUGACACUGUAACUGCCGGCCCUGAGCAAGUUGUUCAACCUCCUAAAUCUGUAUUUCCUUAUGGCGUUGUUAUGGGCUGUCGCGUCCCCUCAAAUUCAUAUGUUGAGCUCUAACCCUCAGUACCUCUGUCGGAGUGUGACUGUAUUGGGAUAAAGGGUCUUUAAAGAGGCGAUUAAGUUAAAAGGAGGCUGUUAGGGUGGCACCCUAAUCAAGUAGGACUGGUGUCACCUGCAAGGCCAAGGGGAGCCACCUCAGGGGAAACCAGCACUGCUGGCACCUUGAUCUUGGGCUUCCAGCCUCCAGAACUACAAGAAAACCAUUUUCUAUUCUGUAAGCCCCGCAGUCUGUGGUACUUUUUAUGGUGACUUUGGGGAACUAACCCAGGCACCAUGAGAGAAUACAUACCUCAUCACUUCGAUGAGAAGAAGAAACGGAAUGAUGGAUGUGAAAAGCUCUUUAUCUAGUACCCGACAUGGAGUAACAGUCGACUAAAUGUUUAUCAUUUUAGAUGCCUACCCUCAUGGCCACCUGUCCAUCUCUGCCAGGCCCAACAACUACCCUAACCACACAUACGAAUUCUUCACAAAGAUAUUAGAAACCAUCACAAGGAAAACACACA